GACAAGCAGGGCAUCUGGCAGGAGGAGACCGCCUUAAAAAGGGCGCUUGACGAGGAUCCUCCCACGUCUUGCCGUUUGAAGAGCGAGGGAAGCUGGCUUCCUGCCGGUUUGAGGAAUCUCGGUGCCACCUGUUAUCUCAACAGCCUGCUUCAGUACUUGUUCUUCAACCUGGACUUCCGAUACUGCUUGUUGAGGACGACCUGCAAGAGCCAAGUAGUUGCUGCAUUGCAACGAGUCUUCGCCUUGCUGGCGGAAGGCGAGUCGCGUGUCGUGGACCCCAAGGAUUUCGUCACGGCUGCACGUGUGGAUGCCUUGGAGCAGGCGGACGCCACAGAAUUUAGCGCGCUGCUGCUCGACUGGCUGCAGCGAGAGCUCGCUGACGGAAGUGGCGGGGACUUCGUUCCGACUCUCUUCGAGGGGGAAUCUUCCACGAUUGUACAGUGCAGUCAGGACGCCAGCCACACAUCCGAGAAGCGAGAGAGCUUCAUGGAGAUUCGGGCUGGACUUUCUCCGGUCGCCAUGGCCCUGGAGGCGCGCGAGGCGCAGGAGGCGGCGGCAAGCGGCCGCAAGUCGAACCCGAAGGCGAAGGCCAAGAAGGCCUUGGCUCAUAGGACGCGUGACAUGCCUCCUAUCGAGACUGCAACCCCCUUUGAGUUCUUACGACUUGCUCCCUUUACCUUCUUUUUGGCUUUCUUUUGCCCUGCUCCCUGCUCGGCCUUGCUCUCGCUGAAACGCUUAGCUCAAAAGCCUUACUGUAGCAUCCAGAACCGCUUGGGAACAUCUUGCAAGAUCUUUCAGCCAACAACAGCUUCCGGAUCUGGGCUCGAAGCGACAGCUUUGAGGAUCUUGAAGUCUUGGGUCAGGUGA